AGGAGGGGGCGGGCUCCCAAUCCGGUUCCAUCCGGUUUUCCCACCGCCCCCGCCGCGGGUCCCAGCAGCUCGGGCGGCGGGAGGAGCGGCAGCGGCCAGGCAGCCCAGCUUCGCGAAGGCUCUCGGCGCGCCGCGGCCCGCAGGCACCCGGCACGCGCCCGCCCCGCCGCCACGAUGCCCAAGAGGAAGGUCAGCUCCGCCGAGGGGGCGGCGAAGGAGGAGCCCAAGAGGAGAUCGGCGAGGUUGUCAGCUAAACCAGCUCCUGCAAAAGUGGAAACGAAGCCAAAAAAGGCGGCAGGAAAGGAUAAAUCUUCUGACAAAAAAGUGCAAACAAAAGGGAAAAGGGGAGCAAAGGGAAAACAGGCUGAAGUGGCUAACCAAGAGACUAAAGAAGACUUACCUGCAGAAAAUGGAGAAACUAAAAAUGAGGAGAGCCCAGCUUCUGAUGAAGCAGGAGAGAAAGAAGCCAAGUCUGAUUAAUAUCACACACCUGGUCCUAUCAGUGGUCCCUGUUUCCCUUCUUGUACAAUCCAGAGGAAUAUUUUUAUCAACUAUUUUGUAAAUGCAAGUU